AUGUCUUUUCGCAAUAAUCCACCAAGGUGCUCUGAUAGUGACCCCAAUGGCAUGUCAAGUGUUUUUAAGAUUAACAAUGCUUUGGAUAUGUUAAGAAGACUUCAGAGUAUUGAACAAACCUAUAUUCUUAAGCUUAACAAGGCUUUAGAUAGGCAAGAAAAGAAAUUACUUUCCUUGAGAUUAAUAAGACUUCAG